AUGGUCGCAGUGAAUUGUCACGGCGGACGGCGAUCGCGCACAACUGUCGUCGUUCGGAAUUGGCGUGGUAAAUCGGUGGUGCAAGGCUUCAGCUGAUGCGAUCCUGAGAUCCGGUCUGCGCCGACAGCGAAUUGAAUCGAUGGGGAAUUCUUCGUGUGAGCGAGUAUGGUGCCAGCAAUGUUGUCGUCGGUGCGUUGCCCGAGCAAGUCUGCUAGACUGCUGCUGUUCGGUUCUCGCACUUGCCGGCCGAGCUGUGUUUCUGCGACAACUUGCCCAAGUUGUUCGUGGUCAGUCUGCGAAUGUUUCUGCUCUGCAGGCGUACUGGAGUCGUCGAUUAUCGUGUUAUGUCGCGUCGUGUUGGUGAGCGUUAGGCGGGAAGGGAAGGGGAGGUGUGGUGGGGAGAGGUUGAGUUCAUGUAUAAGGGGAAUUGUCGGGGCGCUGAGUGGAGCAGAGACAGGGCAAGUGGUGUGGGAUGGUGCUCGAUUCGUCGUGAACGAAAUCAAUUACCAGGGCGGUACCCACGACAUCCACAUCCUGGUCAGGCUCGGUUCCCGGUACCGGUACAAUCUUGCAAGUCCCAUCGUACCGGCCAAUGCCAUGAGGAAGGAUCUGUGGCGAGGAGGGUGUGUUGAGCGAACAGGGGUUGUGACACAUGAAAGGUACGUACUCUACUUUAACCUCCAAGUCACCACUUCGCGCACGCUCAAGCUAACCGAGUGCCUUUCGAGAUCUACCGGGAGGGCAGAUGAUGGGGCCGAUGCAGGUAGGUAUAGUGACUGCAAUUGAGAAGAAAUGGGAGAAAUAUCCGUAGAUGAUGGCGAUCAAGUUUGGAGAACGACGCGGUGAGAGAGAUGGGAGAAUGCAGGACAGAACUCGCUCGAACGGACCGAA